UCAGCAUUUGAUAGAGCCCCCCGGACGCAAUUUUUUAAUCUUAAUGAUUCACCAUUAGAGAAAAUCAGAAAGGAGGACUGAUCAAAAGCAAACUGGAACUACUGAAAGGGUGCUAACCCAAAAACAGGUUUUUAUUUUAUUUUCGUGAUUUGCAACAAUUGCUGGUGGUUGUUUUUGAGUUCAAUUGAAAAGGGGUAGAAAAAGCAAAGGAUUACAACAGCUACAGGCCUACUGCCCUCAAUAGAGCACCGUGUGGCAUACCGAACAAGUUACGUACUAGAUUUCACCGACAAUCAUCAUGGCUGACAGCAUCAAACCGCUCACGGACGAGCAGAGAGCCAUUCUUAACGAGUUUAGGGAAAAGGUUGGCGAUUGUCAACUUGUCGACUCUAGCGACGCGUUCCUCAUUAAAUGGCUCGUUGCGCGAAAUUACAAAGUGGAUCAAGCGGAAAAAAUGCUCCGACAAUCGCUGGAGUGGCGGCGGUUGAACCGAGUCAACGAAAUCCUCCAAACGUGGACGCCACCCGAAGUGAUUGAGAAAUACUAUUCCAUCGGUCAGACUGGCUACGACAAAUUCGGCUGCCCUCUUUGGAUGAGCGCCCAAGGGCCGAUCGACAUCCGCGGCAUUAUGCAAUCGACGACGAAAAAGGAAUUGAUGCGCUUCAUGAUUUACAUCAUGGAGAAGAACGCGCUCAACAUGCGACAGAACCCGGAGCGUUGCUCGAGUCCGAGCAUCUGCGUCGUCGCCGACAUGGAACAAUUGUCAAUGUGGCAAAUGGCUUACAGACCAGUUUCGCAGAUCAGGAACGAAAUGGUCAGCAUUUACGAGGCUAAUUAUCCGGAAAACCUUCGACGCAUUUUCAUCAUCAACGCUCCUAAAUUAUUCACCGUCAUCUACAACAUGAUGAGGCCGUUCAUGAAUCAAGUGACGAUCGACAAAAUCUGCGUCUACGGAUUCGACAAGGACGAGUGGCAAUCGGCUUUGCUCAAAGACAUCGAGGCCGACCAACUGCCGGCCCAUUACGGCGGAACCAUGACCGAUCCUGCGACAGGAGAUCCCAAAUGUCCACACAAGUUGAACAUGGGAGGAGAAGUGCCACAUUCUUAUUACGUCAGUAAUAGCAAACCAGUGCCAAAGGAAGGGAUGCAGUCGCUGGAAAUCGGAAGCGGAAGUAGGAAAAACCUGGAAUUCGAGAUCGGCGCCACUAAUUCGGUGCUCAGAUGGGAAUUUAUGACCGAAGGAGGCGACAUCGGAUUCAGGAUUUACCACGUCAACGGAAGUAAAGAAGACAUUGUCGAGGUGGUUCCCGUGAGCAGGAUCGAGAGUCAUUUGGUCAUGGAAGAAGGCGAAAUCAUUUGUGAUUACAUCGGCAAAUAUGUGGUCGAGUUUGAAAACAGUUUCAGCUUCUUCAAGUCGAAAAAAGUCUAUUACAACGUCGAAUUAGCAGUCAAAUAAUGCUUGAAUUGUGGGACUUUUGAAUGAGUUUAAUGUUAAAUGUGUAUAAGAAAUAAAAUCCUAUACGAAUGUUA